AUGGUGACUGAGAAGAGGAGCAUUACGCCGGAGGAAGCCAAGAAUGCGAUGCAUGACAUCAUGUCCGGUGCAGCCUCGGACGCACAGCGAGGAGCGUUUCUGUCCUGCCUUCAGCACAAGGAGCUCGAUCCUCGUAUCCUCCAGGCAUGUGCGGAGACGAUGCUCUCCUUUGCAUCUCCUUGCGAGGCUGGAUCGCCCGAUGAGCUCAUGGACAUCGUGGGGACGGGAGGAGACGGUCUGGACACCUUCAACGUCUCCACAGCAGCAGGGAUGGUCCUGGCGGCUGCAGGCAUCAAGUGCGCCAAGCAUGGGAACAGGUCGGCGUCAGGAUCGGUGGGGAGCGCCGACUUUCUGGAGGCCCUCGGGUGUCAGAUCCAGCUGGACGGUCCUAAAGUUGCGUCGGCCAUCCAGGAAUGCGGUUUCGGGUUCCUCUUUGCGCAGUCGUUCCAUCCUGCCAUGAAGAACGUAGCCAAGGCACGGAAGGACCUGGGGAUCAGGACUAUCUUCAACCUGCUCGGCCCUCUGACGAACCCGGCGAAGCCCGCGCUCCAGGUGAUCGGGGUGGGGAAGAAGAACCUCGGAGAGCUGUUCGCCAACUUGUUCAAGAUCAAGGGGGCGCAGCGGGCGAUGAUUGUGCACUCGGAGGAAGGGCUGGACGAGAUCAGCCCUGCUGGAGCGACGUAUGUGUGGCUGCUGAUGGACGGAGAGGUGAAGGAGAUGAAGUUGACGCCGGAGGACUUCGGAGUGGAGAAGCACGAGCUGGCCCAUGUGCAGGGAGGAAGCGCUGCAGAGCGAGCGAAGCUGUUCAGGGAGAUCAUUAGCGGGAGCAAGAAGAGGAAGGGGGAGAGUGCAACGCACGAUGCGGUGAAGGACUACAUCAUCGCCAAUGCUGCUGCUGCCAUCUUCCUGGCCGACAAGGCGAAGAGCUUCAAGGAUGCUGCGGACAUCGCGCGUUCGAUGAUUGAGGAGGGGAAGGUUCUGGAGGUGCUGGACAAGUACGUGGCAAUCACCCAGCGGAGCGCUGCUGACGCGGGGGCUGCCAUGAGCAACGGGGACCUCGGGUACACCACACGGGGAAACAUCGUGGUUCACCGCACAGAGACCAAGGUGUGUGCAUGGAGGGAGGGGGAGAGGAUGGAGGGAGAGGGAGAGGAUGGAGGGAGGGGGAGAGGAUGGAUGGAGGGGGAGAGGAUGGAGGGAGAGGGAGAGGAGUGA